AUGGAGGCCAUGACCUUGCUGGGACUACCGAACGGUAACGAACCCAUUGACGACCCCCGGGAGGAAAACCCAACGCCAAUGGCACAGCCCGCCGAGGAGCUGGAGACCAUAAUCCUGAACGAGGACUUCCCCGAUCGGUGGGUGAAGAUCGGCACCAAUCUGGAACCCGACCUCCGAAGGCAGUUCAUCGACUUCUUACGGCAGCAUGCGGAAGUCUUCGCCUGGUCUUAUGACGACAUGCCCGGCAUAUCACCCGACGUCAUCAGCCACAAGCUCAGCAUCUCCCCCGCCCACAAACCAGUCAGGCAAAAGCGCCGAUCGUACGAUGCCGAACGGUAUGAGGCGAUGCGAGCCGAAGUUGACAAGCUCAAAGCCAUCGGCUUUAUCAGGGAAGCUACGUACCCUGUGUGGCUUGCCAACUCGGUCAUGGUUCGGAAGGCCAGAGGAGGAUGGCGAAUGUGCCAGGAUUAUACCGACCUGAAUAAGGCUUGUCCGAAGGAUAGUUUCCCCCUACCGAGGAUUGACCAGCUCGUCGAUGCCACCGCCGGGCAUGAGCUGCUCAGCUUCAUGGACGCGUAUUCAGGAUACAACCAGAUCUUCAUGGACCCUGCCGAUAGAGAGCAUACGGCAUUCAUCACAGAUCGCGGUUUGUACUGUUACAACGUCAUGCCCUUCGGCCUGAAGAACGCGGGGGCAACUUACCAACGGCUCGUCAACCGGAUCUUUGCUAAAUACAUCGGCGGCAUCAUGGAGGUUUACGUCGACGACAUGUUGGUAAAGAGCCGAACGGCGGGGGAUCACCUUGAAAACUUGGCCCUCAUGUUCGGUAUUCUAAAGGACUACCGAAUGCGACUGAACCCGGCGAAAUGCGCAUUCGGUGUAUCUUCCGGAAAAUUUCUCGGGUUCAUGAUCAGUCAAAGGGGAAUCGAGGCCAAUCCCGAGAAAAUAAAAGCCAUAAUCGACAUGGAGACGCCGAAGACGCAGAAGGACAUUCAGAGCCUUACCGGGCGUGUCGCUGCCCUAACACGCUUCAUCUCCAAGGCUACCGAUAAAUGCGUGCCGUUCUUCAAAGCUUUGAAAGGGGGCAAACAUCAUAUAACAUGGACUCCCGAAUGCGACCAGGCAUUUCAAAACUUGAAGAACUACAUGAGCCAGGCACCACUGUUAUCGAAACCCUUGCCAGGCGAAGUACUACUUCUAUACCUUUCGGUAUCCAACACUGCCGUCAGCUCGGUGUUGAUAAGGAAGCCGGAGAAGGCGGAGCUACCAAUCUUUUAUGUCAGCAAGGCGCUCCAGAGCGCAGAGCUUCGGUACCCACCCUUGGAACAGCUAGCGCUGGCCCUGGUCGUCUCGGCGCGAAGACUUCGCCCUUACUUCCAGGCUCACGAAAUCACGGUUCUGACGAACCAACCUCUUCGGCAGGUGCUCCAAAAGCCGGAAACAUCUGGCCGAUUGGUCAAAUGGGCAAUCGAGUUGGGAGAGUUUGACAUACAGUUCAAGCCAAGGCCCGCAGAAAAAGGCCAAGCCGUUGCCGAUUUCAUCUCCGAACUCACACCUCCUGCUCUAUCGGAACCGUCAUCGCCGAGCGCUGUACCUGCCGAACCAGGAAAAAUGGAUACCGAACGUUUCGACACGUCCACUCCUCUCUGGAUCCUGCACGUGGACGGCUCGGCAAACCAGCAAGGCUGUGGCGCCGGCCUAGUGUUAACCACUCCAGACGGUAGCAAGAUCGAGUACGCCCUCCGAUUCAGCUUCCGAACCUCCAAUAACGAGGCAGAAUAUGAGGCCCUCUUGGCUGGCCUUCGGCUAGCCCAAAGCAUGAGCGCGAGGCAGAUCAGCAUUCACAGCGACUCCCAGCUCAUAGUAAACCAGAUAACGGCAGACUUCGCAGCAAAGGAUGCCUCAAUGUCAGCUUACCUGUCGGCAGCCCACCAGCUACUACAGAAAUUCCAAGCCUAUGAGAUACGGCAGAUCCCCAGGUCGGAAAAUAGCCAUGCCGACGCACUCUCACGUUUGGCCUCGGCAAUAAAUGACAAGGUCGGAAGGAAGGUACCGGUGGAGAUACUAUCCCAACCAAGUACAACCGCCGCUGAGGUAUGUACCGUUCGGUACGAGGAGACCUGGAUGUCUCCAAUCUACGCCUAUCUGACAGCCGGAACCCUUCCUGCCGAUAAGUCGCAAGCUCGGAAACUUCGCUACCGAUCGGCAAGAUACACAGUCAUCAACGAUGUUCUGUACAAACGAGGCUACACGACGCCGUACUUAAAAUGCCUGACCAAAGAGCAAGGGGACUACAUCCUUCGGGAGGUCCACAGCGGAAUCUGCGGGGACCAUUCUGGUUCCCGAUCGCUCGCACACAAGGUCUUCCGGCAGGGUUAUUUCUGGCCGACUCUGCACCAGGAUGCCAACACACUAGUCAAGAAGUGCGACAAAUGCCAACGGUUCGGAAGUGUCCCUCACAUUCCCGCCGAGCCACUGUCACCGAUCGUGAGCCCAUGGCCGUUCGCCCAAUGGGGACUGGAUCUAAUCGGUCCGAUGCCCGAGGGCAAGGGUCAGGUAAAAUACGCUGUUGUUGCCGUAGACUACUUCACCAAAUGGGUAGAAGCCAAAGAACUAGCAACGAUAACGGCAGCCAGAAUCGAGGAUUUCGUUUGGACAAACAUUUGCUGCCGAUUUGGCAUCCCCUACGCGAUCGUCACGGAUAACGGCAGGCAAUUUGAUUCGGAAGUUUUCCGGCAAUUUUGCAAACGACUCAAGAUCAACCUGUUCUUUGCUUCGCCAGCACACCCCCAAUCGAACGGACAGGUCGAAGCCAUGAACAAAAUUGUCAAGAAGCUGUUGAAACGGCAGCUUGACAAAGCCAAAGGGGCAUGGCCAGAAAAGCUUCCGGAGGCGCUAUGGGCCAUACGGACAUCUUACCGAACGGCAACGGGGGAAACACCAUUCUCCAUGGCUUUCGGUUCAGAGGCAGUAGUCCCAGUAGAGAUCGGAGAACCCUCCUACCGAACGGGAACCUUCGCACCAAAGGCAAAUGAGGAAGCGCUAGCUCUGAGCCUCGACUUACUCGAAGAGCGCCGAGCACAAGCCAACCUUCGGAACGAAGCCUACAAACAACGCGUCUCUCGGUACUAUGACUCCAGGGUCAAGUCCCGCUCUUUCCGAGUCGGAGAUUGGGUCAUGCGGAAAGUCUCCUUGGCAACCAAGAAUCCCACGGAAGGAACCCUCGGACCUUCCUGGGAGGGACCCUACGAGAUCAUCGGUAUCCAGCGGUCGGGGACUUACCGACUCAGAGACUCCAAUGGAAAGACCCUCGGUCACCCUUGGAACAUAGAGCAUUUGAAGUACUACUUCAAAUGA